AUGGAGAUUCCAGCCACACUGACUCACCCAGUGUCUUCUCCCUCAACAGGAUUUCCUGUCCCUGAGCCAGAACUGAUCUCACAGCUGGAGCAAAAGGAGGAGCUGUGGGUCUUGGAUCUUUGGGGAGCUAAGGAACCAGAGGUCUUGAGAAGCCACCAAAAAGGAAAGAAGACCCAGAUCCUCCCAAGCAGCCACGGUAAAUGUGACACUGCAUCCUGGGACCCGCUCGCCACCAGGAAGGCUGGUCAAGUCAACCUCCAGCCUCCUCCCCGGAAGGAAGAGGACCACAGAGCAAAGAGGAAUGCCCCGUGGGCUAAAGAGGUGGCUUGGGGUCUGAUUCCGGAAACCGGUUUAAGCUGCAAAGAAUCAGAGCCACCAGCACCUCCGGCCAAAGGCAGUUCCCACCGUUCAGGCAGGGUGGCCUAUAAGGACCAGACCGGUUCCAUGGCUCUAGGUUUCCUUCAUCGGUUUUUGUCUUGGAUUCUUUUCAAUCCGAUUCGGGGAUGCUCGAGGAAAAGACAUUUUUUUGCCCCUAACCCAGAGCCGGUAGUGGAUCAAAACUUCAGCGUUGGAGGUGCGGAGGAUCCAUAUCUGGAGCCAGUAUCUCGCAGCCAAGCUCCAGGCAUUGUAUCCAGUUGUCCUCAGGACACCGGAAGCUGUCCAGCUCAGGGUCCCCUCCUCAGCAUCUUACAGAAGCACCACUUGAAAGGUUCUGGAACCAAGGAAGAAAGAUUAUUCCAAGGUGCAAAACAAAGGAAAAUGGAAUCCCCGUUCCAUUUUCCAUAAUGUAGUCUUUAUUUCCACCUGGAUGCAGGUGGAGUGAAAUCAAAAAAGGAAUUCCACACACAGGUUAUGGCAGAUGAGGAUUUAAAGGGUCAGGGAGCGCAGCAAUUGGUGGCAUUUCUAUUUCCUGGGAGGGACAUGAGUCUGAUCCUUCCUGGGCGGGGCAAGUUUAUUUGGGCAGGUACACCUGAUUCUAUCACCACUGACAUGGAGAUAGGGUCCCAGCUCCCCACCUGCCCUAACAAACCCCCACCAUGGAUGGAAGGUAUAGCCCAAUGAAGGAGAGCAACAUCAAUGAAAUCACACAAAUAAAUGUAAAAUUGCAACUGUGAGAGACACAUGGUGUAGCAGGGCCCAUGAUAGGAGACUGGAUCUCUGGGUGUGGGCGGUGAGUGGGUGAGUAGCUAAAGGUAAGGCUGAAACCUGAAGGGUGAGUGAGAAUCUUGUAGGAAGAAAAGCCUG